AUGAAACCUACUGUUAGCUACUUUCGAGUAUUUGGUUGUGUCUGCUACGUAUUUGUACCUAGUCAUUUACGUAGCAAGUUUGACAAGAAAGCAGUCAGGUGUAUAUUUGUUGGAUAUGACAAUCAAAGAAAAGGAUGGAGGUGUUGUGAUCCAACAAGCGGAAGAUGCUACACUUCAAGAGAUGUAGUGUUCGAUGAAGCAUCUUCAUGGUGGUCCUUAGAGAAGAAAGUAUUACCAGACUCGGAAAAUAUUGAAGAAGUUUUAAAACAAAAGAUGGGGGAGCAAACUGCACACAUUUGGUCAAGUGUUGAUACACCUGAAGAUCCGAGCGACACUGAUGUCAUUAAGCAAGAAGUAACUCAAACAAGUAAUGCCGGUGAAAGGGAGACGCCGCCUCCACAACUUCGAAGGACGGAAAGAAUCCGAAAGCCUAAUCCCAAAGUAAAGAGCUUAGAAAGUGUGCCUCCUGAGUUUGGUGUUGCUGGGAAUCUGAGGGGGACGAGUUGUAAUGCCUGGGAAUUUCGAAAUGCUGAUUAUUCAAAUACAGUGUUUUAUUGGCAACUCACAUCUCUUUGUAUAAAGUUCUUAUCAUUGAGCUUUAGAGGCGAAGAUACUCGCAGGACUUUUGUGGAUCAUCUCUACACAGCUCUUGAACAACAAGGGAUCUACACUUACAAGGACGACGAAACACUUCCACGGGGCGAAUCGAUAGGUCCAUCCCUUGUGAAGGCUAUAGAAGAAUCUCAAAUUGCUGUCAUCAUAUUCUCAGAGAACUAUGCCGACUCUUCAUGGUGCUUAGAUGAACUUGCAUGUAUUAUCAAAUGCAAGGAUGUGAAAGGCCAAAUCGCUAUGCCCAUAUUCUACGGUGUGGAUCCCUCUGAAAUACGAAAACAAAAACGAAAAAUAGGAGAAGCAUUUUCCAAUCAUGAGCUGGAGAACAAGAGCAAGGUUGAUUCUUGGAGAAAAGCACUUGUGGACGUAAGUAACAUAGCUGGAUGGGAACCCAAGCACGUUGCCAAUGGGCAUGAAUCAAAGGUUAUCAAAGAAAUUGCUGACACAAUUUCACAGACUUUGAAGCUAGUAACUUCAAGUGCAAACGAGAACCUAGUUGGAAUAGUGGCCCGCAUGGAAAGUUUGAAAUUAGAGUUACAAAUUGGGUCCGGAGGUGUGCGCAUGAUUGGUAUAUGGGGGGUUGGGGGUGGUGGUAAGACUACACUUGCAUCUUCUAUUUAUGAUGAAAUCUCUAGCAAGUUUGAUGGCUGUUUCUUUGUAAAAAAUAUCCGGGAGGAAUCAAGCAAGAAUGGUUUGGUAAGCUUGCAAAAAAAAAUUAUUUCCGGUGUUUCGAAACAAAAGGAAGUGCAGGGAAUAGAGAGAGUUGAGGAAGGAAGACGCAUGAUAAUGGGUAGGCUAUGCCAUAGAAAGGUCCUCAUUGUUCUUGAUGAUGUCGAUCGGCUUGACCAACUAGAAGCCUUAGUUGGAUCACAUGAUUGGUUCGGUGAAGGAAGCCGAAUAAUAAUCACAACUAGAGAUGAGCAUGUAUUAAAUGCACACAGAGUCAAUGUGACACACAAUAUUAGCUUGUUAAACAAUGAUGAGGCUAUUAAGCUCUUUUGGAAGCAUGCACGCUGGGAUUACGCACCCAUGGAAGCUUAUGAGCAGCUCUCAAAAGAGGUGGUCUCUUAUGCCGGUGGGCUUCCAUUGGCACUUACAAUUCUCGGUUCUUUUCUGUGUGACAAGAACAUUAAGGAGUGGAGGAGUGCAUUAGCUAGACUGAAAGAGAUUCCAAAUGAUAAUAUUUUGGAAACGCUAAAAAUCAGCUUUGAUGGACUUGCAAAGGUUGAGAAAGAGUUGUUCCUUGAUAUUGCAUGUUUCUUUAGGGCGGAAGAGAAAGACAAGGCAAUGGAGAUACUCGAGGCUUGUGGUUUUCAUCCAGUUAUAGGAGUGAAGGUGUUGGUGCAAAAGACUCUCAUAACCAUUUCAGAUGGAAGGUUUGAUAUGCAUGAUCUGGUGCAAGAAAUGGGACACCACAUUAUUAGAGGAGAACACCCUAAUAAUCCUGGAAAACAUAGUAGAGUUUGGAAGAAUGAAGAUGUUCUGAAAAUAUGUGCUAUGGAUGCAACCAUGGGACUUGACAAGAUCAAAGCAAUAAAUAUGAGUUUCCAGUCUGAGACAGAAGAAGAAGAGGAAGAUCUUCCUUCGGUUGCUGCAAACAUGAAGAACCUACGGUACAUGGAUUCGAGAGGUGAUCCUGCAAAAUCAUUAUUUCAUGACCUUCCACCAAGGGAGCUUUGCUGUCUUAUAUUGUCCUCAGGAUUGCAAAAACAACUUUGGGAGGGUUGUAAGUUUCUGCCAAGUCUGAAGUUACUGAAACUUCACUUUAUGAAUAACCUAAUCAUGACACCAGAUUUUAAUGGACUUCCAAAUCUUGAAAGAUUCAAUCUUUACGGAUGUUGGUGUUUAAAAGAGAUUGAUCCAUCGAUUGGAUGCUUGGAAAAGCUUGUUUUCUUAUCUAUAGAAGAUUGUCCUAGUCUUGAGAUGUUUCCACCCAUUAGUGGAAUAAAGAAACUCGAGACCCUUUCAUUCUCAGGUCACAUCAAACUUGUUAAUUGCAGCAAUCUUCCUGGUGUAGAAUGUUGUGUAGAUGAGCCUGGUUUAUGUCACAACAUAAGGUUAGGGUUUUUUCACAACUUGCAAGAACUCAGCUUCUUAAGGAAAUUGAAUCUCAGACACCGCCAUUUGGAAGAUGAAGACUUAGGCUCUGAUGUUUUAGAGUUUCCCAACUUGCAAGAACUCAAUCUAGAAGGAAAUGACUUUUCACGAUUAAGUUUUAGUUGCUUGCGACUUCCUCGGCUCAAAUGGCUCAACGUGUCAUCUAACGAAGACCUUGUAGAAUUGUCAGAGCUGCCACAAACUAUAGCUGUUGUUAAGGCGAAUUAUUGUAGAUCACUUGAAACCCUUGGAGACAUUUCAAACUGUAAAUGGUUGUGGAAAGUCUCACUUCUGGAGGAUUACAAAGUAGAUCCACUUGUUGGUGAGUUAUUAUUAGACUGCAUGCUCCAGGGGAAUGCUAUUGAAGAUCAUUUUAUCAGUUUCAGUAUUCCACAUCAGAUUCCAAAGGGGUUUGUAGGUAGCUUCUUUAGGGGAAAAACAUUUACAAAGCAUCUCCGACAUCUUAAUUACUACCCCGUGCAUAAUAAAUCUGAUGACGACACGUUUAGACUGCAUCUUCCAGAUGAUUGGUGCAAUGACUUUUGUGGGUUCUUAAUACGCAUUAUUAGCCAAGGCCUAUGUAUGUGGAUGGAUAUAAGCAUCAAGCAGGAUCCAGAUGAAGAAGAUUCUCGGUUUGAGAUUUGGCAGGAUCAUAAUGAAUCACCAGAGCAUGAAUAUGGGGGAGAUACUUCUUCUCCCUCCCAAAUUGAGGUUGUCAACACUCACCCUAUCGAUCAAUCGCUUGCUCACCAUCACCUAGAAGACCAACUCUAUCCUCACCAAGAUACGAAAAGGGAAGGUUCAUGCUCCAUCCCUAACACCGACGAUUUCAUCACAGGUAUCAAAAGCUGUUAUAGCAAGGAAAAGUUGACAACCGAGACAUUAGCCAAGGACUACUAUCUAGGAGUUGGCAUCUAGGUUAUUGUUGAUCGUGUUCAUGAGGAGGAGAUAAAGAAUGAGUUUAAGGUGGAACGUGAAGAAAUUGAGGCCAAAAAGCAAGAAAUUGUCAAGAUGUAUGACACUUUGAAAUUGAAUAUUAAUCUUCAUUUAGCUAGUCAAAAUAUUGUUAUUUAAUUUAG